AUGGCCGUCGCCAUGGCCGCCGCGCUGGCGCCCGCCGAGGCUGGCCUCUGGGCCCGGCUCGCGAGGAGCGGCACGCGCCCAGUGGAGCACUGGAUCCGCUCCCUGGGCGGCGCCGGGCUGCCCCUUGCGGAGGCAGCGCCCGCACCGCUGGCUGAGGUGGACAACGCAGACGCCAUCAUCCUGGAGCGCGUGGAGGCCGAUGGCGGCACAGCGGUGGACGCCGCAGGUGGCACCUCAACUGCAAUAGCAUCGCCAACUUCGCUUGGACGCGAUGUCGUGUUCGGCGGCCUCGCCUGUGCGCUCCACGGCGUCCUGACGCCCUUCGCGGAGCAGGUGCGCAGGUGGCUGCCCGCGGACACGCCGCAGGGCGCACAGGGCGUGCUGGACACGGCCGCCCGGGCAGGCGAGAGCGUCAUCGCGUUCACCGCCGCUGGCGCUCUCUCGGAGCGGUUCCCGGCCCUCGGCAGGCUGGUUUCUGGAGUGCCGGUGCUCGGCUCCGCCGGGCCGCUCGGGAGCGUGUCCCGGGCGGUGCUCGGCCAUCUGGUGGCGUCGCUGGUGCGGAGCGCGGCCUGCGAGGAUCCAGAGACCUCCCAGAUCAGGGCUCCGGCCGAGGCCGAGGCAGGUGAAGAGCUCUGUCGUCGCGCGCCCUCCCCCUGGACUGAAAUCGGAUCGUCGGACCUCUGGGUCCGAGCCCCUCCCUUCUCCGUCGCCCGCGUGGCGGCCGAGUGCGCCCUGUGCGGCGACGACUUCGUCCACGGCAGCCGCGUGCAGGUGCUGAGCUGCGGGCACGCCUGCCUCUGCACCAGCCCCUGCGCCGCGGCCUUCCUCGCGCGGCAGAGCGACUGCCCCGUGUGCCGGCGCGGCGGGGUCUUCGGGACCACCUCCGUGCGCUGCUGA